AUGGCGGCCACAAUUAAAAGAGAAACUUCGUGGAGACGACGCUGGAAACCGAAUCUUAACUCCCAACCAUGGAAACAUUUUUCCAUUUCUGGAAAAUCAUUUUUAUUGAAGUCCAUGUUUGUUGACGCGGACUGCUCUUAUGAAUUUUGCUUGUGGGAUUUCAGCACUUUCUGGUACGAGAAAGUUGAGCAUGAUGAGUUUGAAGCUCGAGCAAAGGUGUAGUACUUGCAUGUGACUUUGCAUUUAUCCUUUGAUAUUAAAUGUAGCCUUCCUAGAGAUUAUUUCGAAAACUGGAUACCGUAAGUUUUUGAUAUAAGGGAAAAUAUUCGGGUACCUCAAGGUAAUGUUUAAAAAAAAAAUAGACUUAUUAAGGCAAUGAUACUGUAGGACACUACCGUCAUUCGUUCACCAGCCGAUGUUAGUUGGUGGUCCAGAAUGCCUUAGCUUAUUCCGGUUUCCAUAGCAUGACAGUAAAAGAUAAGGCCUAUACUUCAGCCAGGUGGCCCAUCCAGCGAGAGGCUACUCCAGUUUCUGAAGCAGGUAUCAACAAGGAGUAAAGCUACUCCCCUGGCUAUGAUGCCAGCUCAUCACUAGCUACCCCUAGGUAUUUCAUCAACUUUUCCCCAAUAGUAUGCUGGUGCCCAUUUAUACUCCUGGCUGGAGAGAGGCACUGGGAGGGUAAAGUAUCAGGCUCAAGAACACAACACAUUGACCUGGUUACAUCUCCAACCUGAACAUCUCAAUCCUGGCCCUGGUCGAUUGAAGGGCAGAUAAUGCUAUCCACUGGAUAAAUUGCUAUCCGGUUGAUAGCCUAGUACAUUUUGUUGACACUUGUCAGCUGGACAGUGAUUCAUCUGUUGCAUAGCGUAAUCCCAGCUGUUCUCAAUACAUUUCCUAAGGGGCUGACAAGGAGAAUUUGUUGAACAAUCGAGAGCUUCUAUCGUUGGUGAUUAUUUCCUUUUUUUCUUGUGACCUUUCUGUGUGAUUUUGGGGUUGAUAUUGUAAGGAGGAAUUAGAUGCCAGUCACUCUCAAGGGUUAAAGGGUUAAGCCUUUCACUCUCAAGAUCUAAUCAGUAAUUCUCCUUACUAUCUGCCAUACAAUUCUUAUGAUGUUAGUUCAGAGAAUUUGGUAUUGGAUCAACUAAUUUAUUUAUUUAUUUAUUAUUUACUUAUUUAAUGGAUUUGUACAAGUACAAGUACAGGUGCAUAACAAUAGAACAUAAGUCCCCUACUUGGUUAAUACACCCACACCCAGCCCCGUAAAAAAUAUCCUGGAAAGAAGUAUCCUGAAAAAAGAUCCCUUCCCUGAUCCGACUAAACUACAAUUCAAAUAAUCUAAAUCACACAGAACAUUCUAAAUACAAUACAAAUUAACAACUUAACUUAACUUAACUUAACAAGUACAGACAGAAGAAGUAUUUGCACGGCGACACUUAGGACAAAUUAAUUUAAAAGAACAAAAAUUGUCACCAUCAAAGGCAUUCAAAUGAUAAUAAUCCCAUGAUUUAUAUUAUUCUCUAUUCUCAUCACCUGCCUGCUUGAUAUUGUAUUGAUAUUGUAAGGAGAAAUUCUGUCUUGGUCACUUGAGGGAGUGAAAGGUUUAAGCCUUUAGAAAGAGAUACUGUGAGGCAUCAGAGAUCUGCAAUGCAGAACUCUCUCUCAAAAUUUCCUUAACCUCGACAUCUUUGUAAUCAUACAAUAUUCCCAAAAGUCAAGGAAUUUCAAAACCAUGUGACUGUGGUACUAUUAUAGUAGUGGGUGUUCUGGUAUCAACCCAUCACUUCUCUGUUUCUUUCCAUGUAUCACCUUCUAUCACUUAGUUGUUUCUUAACGCUGUAUAAUAGUCUAGAUUGUAUAGGUUCUCUCGAUUCCUUAAAUUUUUAGAAAAACUUAAUGACUGCCUUUGGUUUAGUUAUUGAGAAUUGUGACUGGAAGUCAACCUCAUGCAAUUUCUAAGUAUUCUUAGCCAGCUUAAACAAAGUGUUAGACACAGGAUUUGUAGAUCUGCUGGGGAGCACUUAGCACUCCUUCAUUGACAGAUGCUAUUUUGGAUUGUAUAGGUUCUCUUGUUUCCUUAAAGUUGUUAGAAAAAUCUGCAUCUGGGCUUGUUUAAUUAUUCAAGUUCCAUGACAAUACUCAAACUUAUCAGGUUGAAGUUGUUAUCUUGAUCUAACACCAAAGGGCCAAGUGGUCACCUCCAUUAAGCAGUUGUGGUCUUCCUUGACUUAGGACCAACAGCCUGUUUGUAUUGUCUUUCACUUGUAUUGGACACUCACUUAAAUUUUAACCACUCAAACAAAUAGAAGAAUAAUCUCUCAAGUAAAAUUUAUUCCAUAUAUUUCUUGCCAAUCAGUGUUAGUGCUUUGGGUUCAAAGGUCCUUGAUGUAUUUCAGAUCAUCUUUCUUCUCUGGACUGUUUGGACAAAUAUUAUGCAGAAACAUCAUGAAGGUCAACUAUAAGAGCAAAUAUUUUAUUGUUGAAAAGCUGUGGGCUUUGCCAUGUAUAAUUUUGAACAGACUAGUCAAGAGUGGCUACAUUUGUAAUUUAUGGUAAUAGGACUGAGUGGAGUCCAAUUCAGUCUGUAAUCAUAUGAGUGAUUAACAAAAUCAGAUGAAAGUCAAGCAUGAGUCCAAUUUGUUAAUCACACAUAUGAUUGCAAACAGAAUUGGACAACAUGAAGUCCUGCUACCAAUUAAUCAAAACUAUGACAACAUUUGUGAAAGAAACUAGACAUCGGUCAUAAGUUUUCAUAAAAAAAAAAACAGUUAACUCAGUGAAAUGCGAGACAACAGUGCACGCAUAUAAUGUGUUCUGUCCACUUAAGUUGACAUGAGGUGUUAACUGUCCCUUUAACUGUCCUAUUACACUGUCCAAUUACAAGCAUGACCAGUACAAUAUCCUAUUAGUGCUCAAAUCAGGCUGGUGAUAGCUGAUCAUGUUCGAGAAUUUUGUUAUAGUUUUGAUUAGAGUCAUUGUAAAGGCAGAGGUAGCAUAUAAGAGGAAGCCAAUAAACAAUGUUAAUGUCUCUCAGUUGGGUGAUCCAGCUAACUUUAGCACAAAUUUUAAAUUUGUUAUGCCCUCGCAAGAUGAAAUAUGCUUUCAGCACCUGUCUAACCUGUCUCAUCUGCAUUGAGAGUUUGGCUCUGGCCCCUGAACACAGAAAGCAUUAUAAGGUCCCAAAUGCACCCAAGUACUUAUGUGGAAAUUUUUUGCAGAAACUCAACCCAAAUGUUGAAGCAAAACUCACAUAUUUGCUGAAAUUUGUGCAGAAAAGUGUUGUGGAACCUAAUCAAAAGGAAGAACCAUUGUUUAUAAUCAAUCAGGUGAGCAAAUAAAGCUAUCACAAUAAUGUCUCAAUGAAAGAGGCUCCCCCCUCCAUUACAUGUGUGCCCUGUACUAUCAAAUGCUAAAAACUGUGAUUGCCUGAAAUAUUUCACUCAGUUAUAGAAAAAGAAAGAUAAUCAAUUUUGAGGUCACCUAAAACAGUUCCAAAAUUUUUUCUUGUAAACCCCCACAUGUGACAAGGUAGUAGACAGGAUUUUGUGGGAUUGUUCUUAGAGCUCAUUGCUAAGUAACCAUUUGGAACUUGAUUGAGGGAGCUAGAAGCCUUGCAACACAGUCAUUGUUACAAAAUGUAACCUGAUCUGAAGUCCUGUCCAUUUCCACACAUGUACAAGGGAUCAGGGAUAUCCCAGUGAUGAAAUCACUAAACACUUUUUAUUACCUGUAGGUUCACCAUGCAUGGUAGAUUUGAUUUUCGGUCCUGCUGUUACAAGUGGGUUGAGUUUGUUAUAAGUUCUAAUUUUAGCUUCUGGGGUUUCCUUCCUCCAGAAAGAAACAAGUGUGUGAUAUGUCAGUGAGACCUAACAUAAGCUGACAGAGAACCAUAUGGGGAAUGUUCCUCUUCUAGAUGGUAUUUUCUCUCUCAUAAGUAUUAUUUAUAGUGUCAGUUUUUAACAUUUUUUAUCUGCCAGGAGAAGAAUCAUUAAUUGUAUGUUUUUUUUUAAAGGAGAAUUCCUCGUCUGAGGAUGAACUGGUUUUAAAAAUGAAGGCAAAGUUACAGGGGGGUGUGCCAUUUGUCUGGGAAUUCCACUGUUCAGAAGGAGGAAAACACAUGGUAAGAAAAUAGAGAAAUGAAAAGGAAAUUAUUGAUACCUGGUGUUGUUGUGUUUGAGGUCUGUGUUGGAAUAUACUAUUUAGCUUCUUUUGCAAAUGGAUUUAAAGCCCCACUGUUAACCCUAAUCUCACAAGAUCCAAUGACAGUGUAGCAUCAAGCAACCCUUUCAUGAAAACAAGCAGGGCAGUUGUGAAAGGUUUUGGACAGAAAAUAGUUAUAAAAACCAUCUGCACCUUCACUGCUCACUUUGGUGGCUUCCUUGCCCUUAUUUUUUCACUGUGCAUCCCCUGAGAAAAAACAUACUAUGCAGGUACUAGAAAACGAAGGUUAAACAAUUGCCGUUAUGGGCUACUCUGGGAUAUAACCUGUCUUUUUAACUGUGAUUAAAAUUUGUGCACAUGUACUUAUUUCUCCCGAGAGUGAUAGGGUUGUAUCAAAAUAUGUAGAUUUAUUAUUUUGUACUGUAAAAAAAAACCUGUUUAACCAGUUGGCUGUGUGCGCUAUGCUUCUCUAUCUGCUUUGCUUUUCCCACCUUAUGAGAAAUGAACAGAAAGACUUAAGAUAAAAAUAAGUGGUUGGAUAAUAAAUAACUUAUUAGACAUUUUGGUGUGAAGUAUUGAUGAGUAUUUCAGUCUACUCAUUGUUUGUAUUUUGACUCACCUUACAAGCUUGUCAAACUGCGGCACAACUCAUAAAAAUAUUCAGCAAUAAUAUACACCAAAGUGUGUUAUUUAUGUUGUUUUAAGGUUGGAUCACAGCUAGUGCAGCCAAUGCUUGCCAUGAUUGCUGAGUUAAACAGACGGCAGGCUGAGCUCUGUAAGCUUCUGAGGAGAAAGGAUCAGGAGAUUAUGGAUUAUAAGGACUCAGGAGCAUGCUUGUCAAGAAGUAAGGGGUACAGUUGUGAAAUAACACACUUUCUGCUGAACUGUUGAUUUUUCUUUUGGAGUUAGAAGGCAACUGUGUGCAUUAACGCUGUUAUUCACUCCUUGUCACAGCUUUUCCCUGCCAGGGGUCACUAACAGGGAGUUUUUGACUGUGCAGAGAAUUGAUGUUUAGAUCCUAGAGAGGGAAAGGGUCGGACCUCAAGCCUUGACAAAUGCAUGCAUAUUGUUUAAUGCAGCUGACAAACAUUGUCUGGAACAAGGCUAUUUAAAAUCCUACAGGUUACUUAACAAUUAUUUCAUGAGUGCAUGUUGGUUAUGAGAUGGUAAAUAGUCGACACAGUGCAUAGCCCCGAGUUGGCCUUAAUCAAUUUUGUCUCUGACAAGUGCAAUUGGAAUAAUUGUUUUUAUUAUCAAAUUCCAUUGAAUACUGGACAUUUGGAUGUUUGGAAAUUUCUUCAGCCCUGCAGCAGUUGGUACAAAGUAUUUCUAUGUAAGGUGACUCAGAAUAUGAGGUGAUAACUAGCCCUGGAGUUGAGUGAACCAAUCAGAAAACUAGAAAUGCAAUAUUCACAAAUGAAAAUGUUUGCAUCAUUAAAUUAAUAUGUGAUAUUCAGUCCAGUUUCAACUAGCUGUUCUCUCUUACAACUUUAGAAAGCCUUGCAACAUCGGAGUUUAAUGAAGAUACAUUCAAAAGUAAAAUGAUUCUCUCACAGGUAUGAAUAGCUUGCAUUACUGAAAUUGAUAUUGCUCUUGACCUUAAUUAAUAACUUGCUAACUGAAGCAGACACGGUUGUUAUUUUCCUAUGUGGGUUGCAUGUGUCAUGUGAAACAAUUUUAGUCCAAGAAAGUGUAUGAACUUCUUAUCAACUGAGCACAUGGGCCAUACUGGGAAAUAUUGGCCUUAGAAUAAGAAAGUAUGGAACAAAGGCCAAUAUUCCCCCAGUAUGGCUUGAGCAAACAAGGUUAGUAAGCAGUUUAUUAUACAGCACUUGAACCAAACUUGUUCAUUUUGAAUAUUCUGGGAUUUGAAAACAAAAAUACACACCUAAUGACUGUUUCCAUGGGAAUGGUCAAAAUCUUGCUUAAUCCCGACCUUGUAAGUAUAAUCAGAAUGCUUGGAUUUACCUCAAGGCUGCGUUGUUGUGUAAAAAAAAAAAGUAAUUAUUAAUAGUUAAGCAUUUUUUGGUCACAUUUCCUUUGUUGUUAGUUGUUAAGAUUUGUUUACCUUAAUCACACUGCCGCGUAACAUUCCUUAUUUCUCUUAUUUUCCGCUUGUUUUAUUUUUGACAGAAAUCCAAGAUAGCCAUCCUUUUGUGACUAAAUCAACAUAGUCUCUGACAUCAUGAUUUUAGAGCUAUUUUAUUAUAAGGCACCACGAAAAUGCAUAAUUCACUCAGAGACAUUUUUUCCUAGGAAAAAAGGAGACCUUUUUAUGGUCUUCAUAACAGCCAUCUGAUUUCAAACUUAACCCUGUACCUCACAAGAUUUGAUUGUUCAUUCUCCCCUCUAGCUGCUUCACAUUUCCUUGUAAAUUAGUUACAAGAAUUUGGUGUUGGAGAAAGAAAACAACUUCUACAUGAUGAAUUUGAGUAUUCUUACUACCUAGUGUGUGGGGGAUAAUAUGUAGAUAUUCUAGGGAGAAUUUACAUGUGAAUUACUUUUUGGAGUUAAAGGGUCAACUGUUAGCUUCAUGUGUAUUUUUCAUUUUGUUUUCAUGGCCUGGUUUAUAAUUAGGGUUUUGAGGAUGCUGUACAAGAUGCAGUUAUACAAGGACUUGAUGAUGACUCAUCUGAACUGUAUAAACAGGUUAUGAUAAAAACAGCAUGGUUAGCAGAAAAAGAUCUACCAGGUGACAAAUUAUCUUAUAACAUAGCUAGUAAAUUUGUCUAAUCAAAUUCAAUUGUGUGAGUGUGCUUCAUAUUCCUAUUGUGCAUGCUCAUGACAUCAGCAAACAAAUCCCUUGAGAAAAAAUUUUCCAUUAGGUUGAAAAUGUUAUAAAAUAAUUGGUUCAUACGUCAGCUGUGCGUUCAUCAAGAUAUGAAGCACUUAGGAAGUUUGGAGAGCACUCAAGAAGCUAGAGUUGCUCUCAGCUACGCCUCAAGCAACUCUGACACAUCAUUCGUGCUCUCCAAACUUCUUGCGUGCUUCAUAUCUUGAUGAACGCAUGUUGACAUAUGAACUAAUUGUUAAUUACAGUUACUGCUGUUGGAUACAUCAUCAUGACAGUGUUCAUUUUACCCUUUACACCCUAACAUCAAUAUGCAUAUUCUCCACACAUUUCCUAGGGUGGUAACAAUGAGAACUUUUUUUACAGUCAAGAGCUGCUAUUGCUUGUCAUCAUUUCCUUUUGUCUCAUGACGUUAGUAUACCAUUCAGGGGUGAUAUUGUAAGGAGAAAUUAGAUGCUGGUCACCCUUAUGGGUCAAAUUAAAAGUUGGUCUUCAAGGAAUACACUACUUGAUACAAUACAUUCCUACAAAAUCAACUCUGAUGCAAGUUGUUUAACCAGAAAAUGUUUUACCUUUCCAUCACAGCACUGAAUUUCCCCCAGCCCCGUCCCCUCAGUUUUAGGUCUUUUCUGGGUAAUUGUGGCUAAUCUUGGGACUAUUUGAUCAGUGGUGAAAUUCAAAUAAAUGGAGUCUAUCAGGUUUUAAAAUUUUGGGAUAAAGUUUACAUAAAUUUAGCACUUUUUAGGUCCUCUCUCAUUUCUCAGCUUCUGAUUGCAGGUUUACCUUGGCAAAAAUUACAAAAAAAAUUCUGAAGUAGUGCUAGUGGGCUUUAAACUGGAUACAGUGGUACUAAUAAAUGUUUCCACUUGUUGCCUUUCUCCAUUUACUGUAACAGAGCCAGAUGAAGAUGUUGAAGAGGAAGAUGAUAUCUACGGAUCAGUGGUUAUAGGGGGUCCUAGUGCCCCCUCAUGGACUGAUAUACCCCCUCCUUCCCUCUUUGGAAAGGAAGAUGAACCCUUAACCACAUCCCCCAGGGUAUCUCCCAGGAAAACACCCGUCACAUCACCAGCAAAGUCGUCUGGGAUGUCAUUGCCCUCAGAUUCGCCUUCUAAGGUAAAAAUAUGAACAGAAUAUCAUAAGGUUUGUUUGUGAAUUAAGCUGGUCGAAUUGACGGACAAAGUUUCUUUUAGUUGUCAAAGCAUGAAGCAGUUUGACCAUUUAACCGCUCCCCUUGAGUGGGAUUGUGGGUUCCUAACAAGGAGCUUACUUGUUGGAUAAGCUCCAAGUCAUGGGUCAGUGGAAGUGUUAGACUUACUGUUAUUAACAAACCUGUAUGAAAUUACACUCCGUUUAAUUUUUCUUGAGAAAUGGUGUAACACUUUUUAAAUUUUCUUCUCCUAUUGUAUGCUGAGGAGCCCCCACCCCCUCCCCCCCGCGCGAGGAACAAUGAGGCUGAGUGUUGUCAGAAAUUGUACCAAUUUUUCUAGUUUUAUAUUUCUUUUCAGGAUAUGGAACUAGAAAGACGUGAAGCACUGCAAAAGAGACUAGCCGAGGAAGCCGAACGAAAGAAAAAGAAAAAACGCAAAGUUAAGUUAUGACAGGCGCGCACAAGUCAAUAUUUUCAAAACUGGACUGCAAGGAUCUAAAACUUUAGAGCUUGGUUGAUCCUUACGCGCGAGAAGAUGCAAGCUCUUUUAGGGGCUUUAUUUCACGUUUAAAAGACUUCUUUGGGAAACAACAGUUUAGAAAUAUUUCAGGGAAGCUAACGACAAGUAAAGCAUAGGUCAAAAAGGGCGUGGGCACGAACUUGUUGGACAGUGUCCGACACCAUCGUUUAACCCGUAUCACCGCCCCCUCUGCCUUCAAGAUAUAUCCUUGAGCAACACGCCCUGCGCAGAAGUAGUACUUUAGAAAUAAAGAGUUACUGUAAUUAGAUAGAGAAAUCUUCAAAUGAGUGUCGAAAAUAUUAUAGGACUGCUUUCGUUUUGCUUUGCUAAUCUUUGUAAUUUUUUUUAAAGGGAAAAGAAACUCACCCUUCCCCCUCGACCAAUCAAAUGUAAAACUAAAACCUGAGAGACUCAGUCACUCAGGUUUUUGCAAGCUUUUUCGCCUUGAGCUCCCUUGGGCUUUUUGCAAUAUUAUCUUUGUUCUGAUUGGUUACUGUGAUUACUAUGGUUUGGGUAUUACGACACUCCCUAGAAAAGCGGUUUACGUACCUAAUCAAAAAACAACUACCUAUUGGGGGAGAAUAACCCCUUUUUUCUCGUUUUUGGUUCAGUGAAAAAGUGCUACUGGUCACAGCAGUGUUUAUCUUAAGGGGGUAAUUUUCUAAAGAAACUGUGGUGCUGCGUCGGUGGGAGAAUGUAACAGGAUAAUUUAAUAUUAUCAACUGAGUUGAUAACGUAUAAUGGCCACCGUAAAGAGUUUAAAAGCUGACAUUUCGAGCGUUAGCCCUUCGUCAGAGCGAUUUGAGAAAUUUUGGGUUGUUUUUGUGUAUUUAUGCAGAAAAAGGAGCUACGCUAAGAUGAUCCUUUCACUGCCAGGAGUGAGUGACCAAAAAGGAAUUUCUCCUUAACAAUAUUGAUACAGAAAAUUGUAGAUGAACGGAUAUUGUUUGAUUCAUCACCAAUUAUCACAGCUUAUAGUGCAAGAAAUGUUUGGCAAUCAGGGCUAAAAAUUGAAAUUAAAUUUUGAGUGUCAUUUUCAGCCUAGUUGAAAAUGGUCCUUCAAGAGAAUGGAAUCUUGAAAAAGUCCUUUGUUGGCGUGGACGAAAUUUUAAGUAACAGAACGAAGAUAGUUGGAACGGUGAAGUUCAACGCAGAUGAUUCUCAGAAGUUACAUACCACGAUUUUGCGUCUGGUGAACGAGCAGUGCACGGAGGAAAAUACUGUGCGCGAUAAACCGGAGAUGAAAAUCUUAGGCCCUAACCUUCAAAACAAGCACGUCUUGAUCAAUUUUCAGUUGAGAAGACAAUUAAACCGGGAAAGUACUGGUUUUGCUUCACUAUGCUCGAGGGUUGUUCAACAAAUGCAAACCAGUCCGGAGCCAACACGUCCAUACUAAACCAGUCACGUUUUCGGGGUAGUGGGGAGGGGGUUACUGAAGUUUCCCACGUUUGUAGCUGUCCGCGUAUAUUUAUUGUUAGCUCUCAUUGGGUUGUGAUGGUACAAUUUGUCACUGUGAUCCCUUUGUGUGCCUUUCUCAUUAAAAACGCAAUUCAUUUCACG